AUGCUUCGACGCGCCAGCUCCACGCUCAGACCCCUUAUCAAUCGUAUAUCCUCUCUUUCUACUCGCUCACUUGGCCGUCUUCCAAAUACCCAGUCACCAAUCGUCUCGAAGCCUCAUUUCUUCAAUUCCGUGACGGGAGACAGCAACGAGCUAAUCCCCGCGUUUCGUUUAAUAGAUGGAACUGGCGUGCCCUUAGAUGGCGCCGAACUACCUGAGUUGGACGAAGCGUUUGCUAGGAAACUCUACGAGAAUAUGCAGCUGCUUCCAAACCUUGACAACAUUCUAUAUAAUGUGCAGAGACAGGGCAAGAUAUCCUUCUACAUGACUGCUUAUGGUGAAGAAGCUACGAUAAUUGGCUCAGCAGCCGCCCUUGCCGAUGACGAUGAUUUGAACGUAGGCCAGUACCGGGAAAUGGGCGUCCUGUUAUGGCGCGGCUUCGGCCUUGAUAAUGUCAUGGCACAAUGCUUGGGAAACCACGAAGACACGUCUAGCAAGGGAAGACAAAUGCCUGUCCACUUUGGUUCUCCCCAACAUCAUUUUCACACUAUAUCUUCGCCCCUUGCAACACAAAUACCCCAAGCAGCCGGAGUAGCCUACGCCCUUCGGCGUUCUCCCGAAAGAUCGAACUCUGUCGCUGCGUGUUUCUUUGGAGAAGGAGCAGCAUCUGAGGGUGACUUCCAUGCUGGAUUAUUAUUAGCUUCAACCAUACCCUCCCCAGUUGUGUUUAUCGCCCGAAACAACGGCUUUGCAAUCAGCACACCUAGUUCUGAGCAGUAUCAUGGCGAUGGGAUCGCGAGUCGUGGACCAGGAUAUGGCAUCGACACGAUACGUGUUGAUGGGAACGAUGUUCUCGCAGUGCUGGCGGCAGUUCGAGAAGCACGUACGCGAUGCGUGGAGCAAGGACGGGCAGUACUUGUGGAAUGCAUGUCAUAUCGAGUCGGACAUCAUUCCACCUCAGAUGACUCUUUUGCCUACAGAGCACGUUCAGAGGUCGAAGAUCGCAAGCGUAUAGAUAACCCUCUAGCUCGUUUUCGAUUGUUUAUGGAAACUCGUGGAUGGUGGGAUGCUCAGGCUGAAGAGGAAUUGAAAACACGCCAUAGAGCCGAUGUGUUGAAGGCAUUCAAACGCGCAGAGACGCAGAGCCGCUGGGAACUGGGCGAGUUGUUUACAGACAUAUAUGCGGGCGAGGAACCAUGGAAUAUUAAAGAGCAACGAAAGGAAUUAGGCCGAUUAUUGAAGAAAUAUGGUGAGGAUUGGGAGCCUUGGAGGAGAGAGUUACAAAAAUACAAGAAUGAAGGAAGGGAUCUGAUCAAAGAGUAA